AUGGGCUUGUCAGAUAUAGAAAACAGAAUUUCAAGCAUAUUGGGCAUAACUUUUUAUAAAGGUGUUGCAAGACCUGAAAAUGGCUUGAGCAGUUUUGUCAUUUCAAAACCAAACCUCAUCAAAGAAAUUAAAAUAGUCUCAAAAAUUAGUAAUUUACCAUCUACUUCAUGCCAGGAGAAUAUUUCUAGCCAAGAGCAAGCAUUAGAUAUUCGAAGAGCAUCUUCUAGCCAGAAAGACAUCUACACCCAACAGCGAGCCACAAUGAUCGGAACAGUUGCACUGAGAAGACAAUUGGUAAAUCAUGAUUAUUUGAAAGCUCCUAUGCAAAAUCCAAAGCGUUUUAAAAGCAAAAAUGAAGACCUUAUGGAGACAAUGUACAAAGAAACGAUUUCUGAACUAAAAGAAAUGAAAGUUUGUUUGCAAGAUUCAACAAAUAGUAAUAAAGAUAUGGAAUUUGCUCAGCAGCUUCUUUCCCAUGCCAAAAAUGAGCAUACAGUCCCCACAGUGGAAGUGGUGGAAACAUAUCACCUCCAAGAGGAGGAUACCAAUCAGGACGAUCCUUUUUCUGAAACGCAGCCAAGCACAAGUUUUGCUGAAGAUAAUUUGGAGGUGAACCAAGCCUGGUCACAAAAUGAAACUUUAGCCCUUAUAUCAGCAUAUGAGAGCCAUAAAGAAAAUUUUAAUGUAGCUAAAAAAAGAAAAUUUGGAUGGUUAGACAUAGCCAACGAAGUGAAUAGUAAUGGCUAUCAAAGAAGCGCUGCCAAAUGCGAAACCAAAUGGAGGAACUUGCUGCGAACAUACAAAAAUGUGAAGGACAUACAAGAGAAAUCUUGUAGAGGAGCAUGCAGAUUUCGUUUCUAUAAUCGAAUGGGCGAUAUCUUGGAUGACAAACCGUCAACAAGUUCACCACAUCCGUUUAGUUCAACAAAGCCUGCCACAAUAGUGAAUGAAGAAGAAGAAGUUAUGGAGAACAAGACUUUAGAGACUGAUAAGAAUAAAAAGGUAACUGAUGAAAGCACACCAAAACUCAUUCCAAAAAGAAAGAGAGUGUAA